AUGGUCAAAGUCCUCAUUAUCAUGGCCAACUACGGCCAUGAUCCCACAGAGGUUGCAGUCCCCUACCAGGCCUUCAAAGAUGCAGGAUUCGAGGUAAACUUUGCGACCGAAACGGGCUCAACGCCCCGCUGUGAUGCCCGGAUGCUCGAGGGCCUCUCCCAAAAGCUUCUUGGCGCCGCUGCAUCCGUCAAAAGGCUUUACGACGCCAUGGUCAAAUCCGCCGAAAUGCAGAACCCCCUGUCUUGGAGUUCCCCGGGCUUCACGCUCGAUGGUUUCGAUAUUGUGCACAUCCCCGGCGGUCACGACAAGGAAGUCAGGCAGCUCAUGGACUCGACCACUGCGCAAAAGCUACUCGCCGAUUACUUUCCCCAAACCAAAAAGCCCGGCAAAAAGAUUGUCUCGGCCAUCUGCCACGGCCCGCUGGUGCUCUGCAACACCAAGGGUCAGGACGGCAACAGCGUCUUGUACCACUGCACGACGACCGCCCUCCCCGGCUGCUUCGAGUCGUUGGCGUAUCACGGGACCAAGCUGUUUCUGGGCGAUUACUACAAGACGUAUGGUGCGGGCACGGAGAAUGUCGAGGACUCGAUGCGCAAAGCGGUGAAAGACCCCAGCCAGUUCAAGAGCAGUUGGAUGCCCAACCGACCGUUCGUACCUCCCCGUCUCCCCAACUUGAUGUUACGGCCCUUGCUGAGCAGCGAGUACAGCUUCGUUGUGGAAGACACAGAGUACAACUACAUCAGCGCGCGCUUCCCACCCGAUGCGGCAAAACUAGCCGAAAUGACUGUCAACCUUGCCCAUCUCGUCCACGUUCAAGGCUUCAAAGGUGAAGAAUCGGCUACGACAUGA